AUGGCCAAUUGGAUGAGUUCUGUGAUUCUGAUCGUUGUGAUCCUGCACUUGAUCCAAUGCCGGUUUGAGUUUACAAACUGCAACUGCACUUCGCUUGAUCAGAAAUUCGGGGAGUGUGAGUACUUCUAUCUGAAGUCGGUGAAUCGGACCUAUAAAUAUUUGUCCGGAAAAUUCAAGCUUUAUCAAAAGCCGGUUAAAGCUUUCGAAUUAAAUCUCAUUCUGAUGAAGAGACUCAGCGGAUAUAAGCCUUUCCUGUACAAUAUAACAGUCAAUGCUUGCAAAUUUUUAGUCAAUCCUAAGACCAGCCCAGUAACAAAAUUCUUCUAUGAAUCGGUUGUGACCUUCUCUAAUGUCAACCACUCCUGUCCAUACAAUCAUGACAUUAUUAUUGAUAAACUCUCAAUCGACUAUGUCAAUAACCGAUUUACUAAGGUUCUUCCCUUUCCCGAGGGCAAUUAUCUCAUUGAAGCCCGUUUCUCAACCUUGGGAUCUCCUUUCGCUGUGGUAAAAGUGUUUGGCACCCUGUCUUAA